AUGUCACAAAAACAUAGUACACCAACACAUGAAUCGUACAAUCUCGACGAUUUAUCAGCAAAAGAAAAAUAUGAACAAGCAGCGAUUGCAGCUGAUUCAGUGGAAGCAAGCAAAGUAGCAAAAAAUAUUUUACUAAACGGUGGAAGUAUAGUUGAUGCCACUAUAGCUGGUUUACUCGUGAAUGGUUUAGUAAAUGCUCAAUCACAUGGUAUUGGUGGAGGAUUUUUUCUAUUAUUUUAUAGAAAAUUAAAUAAACAAUCAAAAGGAGAGUGUAUUGCUUUAGAUGCUCGAGAAGUUGCACCAAAAAAAGCACAUUAUCUCAUGUUUAACGAUAAAAACAAUUUAUUAUCAUCUACAAGUGGUGGUUUAUCAAUUGCUAUACCUGGUGAAAUUGCUGGUUUUUGGGCACUUUAUCAACGAUAUGGACGUUUAAAAUGGCGAGAUUUAUUUCAACCAGCAAUAAACAUGUGUAAAAAUGGUUAUCUUGUUCAUCGCGGUCUCGCAACAUUUUUAACACGUUAUAAAAAUGAUUUUAAAAAUGAUCCAAUUACUGAGCAAAUAUUUAUUGAUAUAAAAACUGGUCAAGAAUUUCGAGAAGGAGAUUAUAUUAAAUUACCUAAACUAGCAAAUACAUUAUCAAUAAUAGCAAAUGAUGGAGCAAACAGUUUCUAUAAUGGUUCAUUAACGCCAUUGAUUGUCAGUGAAAUUCAAGCGAAUGGGGGCAUCGUAGAAGAAGAAGAUUUAAAAAAUUAUCAAGUGAAAUUUUUGGAACCAAUUAGUGUUUUGUUACCUAGUCUCGGUUUAAAAAUCUAUGCUCAUCCUCCGCCAUCAUCUGGCAUUCUUGUUCUAUUUAUGUUAUUAAUGUUCCAGUAUCUUGUUGAAUCCGAUUAUAUUCGAGAAGAAAGUGAUCUUAUUCAUUUAGUAGUUGAAACAUCGCGAACAGCAUUUGCACAUCGUACUAAAAUAUGUGAUACUCGAUUUUCAUCACCAGAAACAACACAUUUUCUCUCAUCAUUACUCGAACCAAUAUAUAUUUCAACGUGUGUAAAUAAUAUAUUAUCAUCAAAAAAAUUACGUGAUUCAAAAUCGAUUUAUUUAGAUGAACACAGUUCCUUUAGAGAAGAUCAUGGUACAUCACAUUUUUGUGCAACUGUUAGUGAUCCAAAUGGAGAUGGAAUUGAAGCUAUAUCUGUAACAAGUUCAAUUAAUUUAGGUUUUGGUAGUAGAGUAAUUGGAGAAAAAACACAUAUUAUCUACAAUAAUCAAAUGGAUGAUUUUUGUCAACCACAAAAAACCAAUACCUAUUAUUUACCCUCUCAUAAUUGUAAUUAUAUUCACGGAGAGAAAGCGCCCGCAUCGAGUAUGUGUCCAUUAAUAUUUAUCAAUGAGAAAACAGGCGAUUUGAGACUAAUAAUUGGAGCAAGUGGUGGUACACGAAUAAUAACCGCUGUAUUUCAAGUGGCUGCACUUCAUAUAUUAUUAAAACGUAGUCUUAGAGCAGCAAUUGAUAUGCCAAGAAUUCAUAAUCAAUUAUGGCCAAAUCAGACGUAUUUAGAACAUGGAUUUACUAAACAAAUACUCACUGUGUUACAGAAGAGAGGCCAUUCAGUAGAAAAUCUAAGACGAGGAGGUUCAUGUGUUCAAGCUAUACAACGGAGAGAUGAUGGAAACUUUAUUGCCGUAUCGGAUGGACGCAAAGGUGGACAACCAGCUGGUUUCUAA